AUGCCGCAAACCUCAAGUGGAGAGGAUUAUUAUAUGGUCCUUGAAGUGGUGCAAACUGCUACGCCGGAGCAAAUCAAUCGAUCAUACAAACGGCUAGCGCUAAAGCUCCAUCCAGAUCGAAAUACCAAGCACGAUGCUACUGAAGCCUUCCAACUACUCGGGAGAGCCUACGAGACAUUGAAGGACGAAAGCAAACGCCGAAGCUACGAUCUCAUCUACCCUUCCUUAGCUCGAAAUCGUCCCACUCCGCAAACCACACAAACACCCCGUCCAACUCCUACUUCGAACUCGCAACCGGGAGCGCUCAGCGAAGCAGCACAAAUUGCUGCACUUCGAAAAUCGAAACAAGAACGUGCUGCACGAUGGCAAACCAAGAAAACCGCCUUCGACUCUUCACUUUUCGAAUUGCGAAAAGAUAUUCGAAGGUUGGAGCAACAAAUUAAAAAUUUGGAUAGUAUUACAGCAGCUGAGGCAGCAGAAGAAGCACAGAAGAAUAGUUGGGGAACAUGGUUGCUGUCACCAAUAUACAAGAAGGCAGAGGUCGGUGAAGAGGAGAAAGCAUGCAACUCUAUCCUAAGGCAAGAGAGAAGAAUUGAAAAAGAUAUGAAAGAGAGGCGACUCGGCUUAAAGAAAGCGGACUUGGAGAAAGAGGAGAACAGAGUAAAGACGGCGAAAGGGGAGAUCGAUGCUGCGGAUUCGGUUGAUGAAAGGAAGAUACGAGUCAUCGAAGAAAGGAUAAAAGCGAGAGAAAUGCAAGAGAAGGAGAGGGUCGAGAGAGAAAGACAAGCGAAGAUUUGGAAGCAGCAGCAGGAAGAACGAGAGAGGCAAGCAAAAAUUUGGAAACAACAGCAAGAGCAGCAGAAGAAACGUGAGCAAGAAGCGGCAGAGGCGCUAAGAAAGCAGCAAGCAGAGCAGAGAGCAGCUGAGCAGAAACGGCAAGAAGAACAGGCCCGGAUGUGGCAGAAGAUUCUCGAUGAUCAAGCCAAACAUAGCCGGGAACGAUACCCUCACCUCAAUAGUGAUGGCUCGUUUACAUCAAGUCGCAAAGCGUCUACAUCAACCUUCCGUCAUGAUGGCUGGUGGCCAAAAAUGUCAGAGUUCGAUACGGCCGAGGAAGCCGCGUAG